AUGAUUGGAAGACUUUCUGCUUUGAUUCUUCUUGACCUGAUUCAAACUGCAGAUGAUCCUUGCCCAAUCUCUUUGACUGUGGUUGAAGUUGGUGGGAAUGUUACUUUGCACUGUCCAGUUUCUAAUAAGGAAGGCAUAUUCUUUCAAUGGUAUAAGCAGUCUCUUGGUUAUAUAUUCCAGUCAGUUGCAACAGGAACUUAUACCCGACAAACACUUAGUGGACAAUUUAACAACCCACGUUUCAAAGUCACAGAGGGGACGGCUCAGUAUUUGCUCACCAUUAGAAAUGUCAUCAAAGAGGACGAAGCAACAUAUUUCUGUCAAAGCGGAGCAGCGUAUUCACAGAGUAUUGUUAAUGGCACCUUCCUAGCUGUGAAUGAUCGAAGUCAGCGGAAAUCUGUCACCGUGAAACAAAGUCCAGAGACAGCAUCAGUCCAGCCGGGAGGCUCAGUGACUCUUCAGUGUUCACUCCUCUCCAAGAGCAAAGGAAAAACAUCUCAGUGUCCAUGUGAAUACAGUGUGUACUGGUUCAGAGCUGGAUCAGGAGAAUCCCAUCCAAGCAUAAUUUACAGUAACAAGAACAGCAGUGAUGAACAAGAAGAAGGAAGUUGUGUCUACAGUCUGUCGAAAACUAUACAGAAGUCAUCUGAUGCUGGGACAUACUACUGUGCUGUGGUCACAUGUGGAGAGAUCCUGUUUAGUGAAGGAACCAAAGUAGAGAAAAGACCAACUUGGGACCCUGUUGUCAUUGUGCUUGGGAUACUGUUGGCCUGCUGUGUGAUUGUGAUUGUCGCCCUUAUUUUCUGUGUAAAUCAAAUGAGAGAUUGUGAACAAUACAACGCUGAAGCAAAGAGUUCCUACCGUAACCAUGGACAUGACAAGUCGACCAUGGAUCAGUCAACUGAGCUGGAACUGCUUACACACUCUGGCCACAUGAGGCAGGGCAUUGUCCUGCACCAGGAGGAACCCAUGACCACUGUACCAGCGUAA